UAUAUUACAUAAUCUCUCCCACUUCCCUCUUUCCUCUGGGGAUCUUCGCUCUUUCGCAAGAUCUCUCUCUUUCUCCCUCGUUUCUACUUUCUUAGAUCUCAUUACUUCACGACUGUACCUUAAAAUCGGAGUAAAGGUACAAUUAGAUCCCCAUUCCUAUCUUUUUUAUCUCAUUUCCAUGAUUCUGAUCCACUUGCCUCAGAAAAGCUAAGCUAAUUCCCCAAUUUCCUCUGCUUUCUCUCUCGCCAAACACAUACUUAUUCAUCUACUUCACCUCCAAUUCGUUCUUAUCAUGGGGUUUCAUUCGUAUUCUAGGCUUCUCCUUCUCGCUUCCUUCCUAUUACUGGCUCUCUCCUACGUCGCUGCUCAGGAAACUUUGAUGGAAAAUGGGAAGGAAGAGUCGACUGUAUCUCAUAAAGAUCUUGGCCGCCGUGGCAUGAUAAUCACACAUGACCUUGACGUCAAUUCUGUUAAUAAUCUUGGACUUCAGGUGGACUCUGGUCUUGGAAUUUUUGAUGCAUUUAUUGCAAGCUUGUCCAUGAUUGUUGUUAGUGAGAUUGGAGAUGAGACUUUUAUUAUAGCAGCUCUUAUGGCAAUGCGCCACCCCAAGUCAAUUGUUUUAUCUGGUGCUCUCUCUGCAUUAGUGGUUAUGACAGUACUUUCUACAGGACUAGGUAGGAUUGUGCCAAAUUUGAUAUCAAGAAAGCAUACAAAUAGUGCUGCUACAGUUCUUUAUGCUUUUUUUGGUCUGCGAUUACUUUACAUUGCCUGGAGAUCUGAUUCAAAAUCAUCCCAGAAAAAAGAAAUGGAAGAAGUAGAGGAAAAGCUGGAAGCAGGGCAAGGGAAAACAACCUUCCGCCGCUUCUUUUCAAGAUUUUGUACUCCAAUAUUUUUGGAAUCAUUUAUUUUAACCUUUCUAGCUGAAUGGGGGGAUCGUAGCCAGAUUGCAACAAUUGCUCUAGCAACGCACAAAAAUGCAAUCGGUGUAGCUGUGGGUGCUACCCUAGGACACACAAUCUGCACUUCCUUGGCAGUGGUGGGAGGGAGCAUGCUAGCAUCUAAGAUCUCACAAGGGACAGUUGCUACAAUUGGAGGCUUGCUUUUCCUUGGCUUUUCUUUAUCUUCUUAUUUCUAUCCUCCUCUAUGAGUUUAAAAAUGUAGGUUAACAUAUCUCUCUGCACACUGUAAUGCAGUUUCCAUUUUUUUUUCCUUCCUAAUUCUUUUUAUAUAUUGUUGAAAAGGUUUUAUACUAACUAGUUGAAACUAGACAGUUUCAGUUAUUCAUUUGUGUAAUUAGCAUAUAUUAAUGGCUUUAAACAAGUUUUUCAUCAGC